AUGGCAGGAAAGAUCAAGGAAACUUUCUCCAAGACAGCGCAGGCUCCUCUGAGUCCAACUGACCGCGUUGAAGACACCUAUUCGCCGUACACCGACCAGUUCUUUGCCGACAUGGCCACCAAGAUUGCAGUUACAUUUCCAUACGAGGAAUUCGCAGCUUGUCAUGGUUGCAGCCCGAGCCAUCUCGCGGGGGCGAUGAGUGCCCUAGUCCUCGCGCCUCUCUCGGAUCCCACCUUCACACAGCAUAGAGAUCGCAACAUAAGCAUUGCACAAUACGGGCAGCACAUGAUAGCUAUGUGGAGCGCUCAUUUUGAGCAAGUCUUGCUGACUACCUCGGGGAAAGCAAAGAAGCGGUCACGAUUGAGGCCAUCUGCUAGCACUGUCCCCUCUCCGCCUGGUUUCCCGCCCUUAUCAUCCGAUGUACCUUCGCAAUCUGCCAAGGAUGUCACGGAGGGGAAGCCUACGAGCACCAGCGAAGACUCUGAAAGCCUACCUCAUGACACGUCUGCUAUCAAGUCGAGCUCGCCAGCAGGCCAGAAGGCUACCACCACAGGCGUGAAGCGUCAACACGAUAAGUCAAGCGACAUGAGCGAAGACACUCAUGCAACCGUCCCAACCAUGCCAACCUCAUCCAAUGAUGAUGAUAUACGUAGCUCGAAGCGUCGAAAGAUCGACCCUUCCUCUGAGAAGUACCCGUCUCAGCAGGGGCCGGAGGACUUCAUGGACGCUGUUGCUGUUGAGGCUGGCAGCACAUCAACGACAUCGCUUCCAGAUCCCGUCGUUCGUCCAUACGGAGAUAGGGACGGGAACAGCAGUACAUUGCCCGUGGCCGUUGAGGGGGGACAGGAAAAUUGCUCACCUGGGACUAAGCGUACACCCAAUGAGCAACGACGCGAGACAACCAGCAAAAAGCAUGCCACACGCAAUGCUCGCAGAAGACUUUCACCAUUUGCGGAAGAUGCGAUAGACACGGCUGUCUUCAGCGAGCAGGGUCUGCAAGAGCGAAUGAAUGGUUCAGAAGUUGGUCUAGCAAAUACGUCGUGA